CGUUAAUAACUUGUUUUUCUCUUUUCCAACGGCGAUUCUCCGGAUUCUGGAAUGGUUCCUCCAAGUUUUCCAACUACGACAACGAAACCAAACCCAGUUGACCUUUGACUUUUUCAGCGCAGCAACAAAGAACCCUACAAACCCAAAUCCCAAAUCUAAACACAUCUCAGAUCCCACCCCAAUCUUCUUCCCAACAAACCCAAACACCAGACGCAUAGAAUUAACAAGAGAGAGAGAGAGAGAGAGAGAGAGAGAGAGAGAGAGUAAAAAGAUGGGUCUCUUCACCUACACCCUGGCCGGAGGAGGUUUCAUCCUAAUCGGCGCCUGGGAAUCCCUAAUCGCCUCCCUCCAACCCCAACCCACAACCAAAACGACGCCGUCUUGUCACUUCCCCUCUCCUUCUUCAUCGUCAUCAUCAUCAUCGUCCAUAACACUAAUCGCAACCUCUCUCUUCUCCCUCUCCUUCAUCUCAAACUCCCUCAUCUCCCUGCUCUCCGCCCUCGACUCCAAAGACGACGUCGGUUUGGUCCUCCAGCUCGAGGUAAUCGCAAUCGCCUCCCUCUUCUUCCUCUACUCCGCAUUUGGUCUGCUAACCCACUUCACAAAUUCCAUCACGCUACCCUCAUCAAUCCUCAAUUUAUUAUGUUUAUUCGGUUUCGUCGAAGAAUUUAUCUUGUUUUACCUCCAAAAGAAGGACCCCAGUGGAAUAGAGAACCACUACUUCGAUCUUUUGCUUGUUCCUAUAGGUAUUUGUGUGGUUUCAACGGUUCUUGAAUUGAAAACGAACACGUAUAGGUUUUCGCGGUUGGGGAGGGGAAUCGGGCUGAUUUCGCAAGGGUCUUGGUUCCUCCAGAUGGGUUUUUCGUUCUAUUCGAGCGCGAUGGCGCACGGGUGUUUUCUGAGUGAGAAGAGUAGAGGGAAUUUCACGGUGAAGUGUAAGGGGCACCCGGAGUAUCACAGGGGCAGAGCAAUCGGGACGCUCCAGUUCAAUUGUCAUCUUGCUUUCCUUGUGGUUGUGGUUGUUGGGGUGUACUCGGUUGUUUGUAGAAAGGUUGGGCUCGGGGGUGAAUCGACGCUGUAUAGGCCGCUUGGGGCGGAAAUGCAGCAGUUGGAUAGCCAUCAUGGUCAGUUCACGUUGGAUUCCGAUGAUGAGAAUGAGAAUGAAAUGAAAGAAGAGGGGAUUGUUGGGGAGCAGAAGGCUGUUGUUGUGGUGCCUGAAUUGGUGAUCAAUGGAUAUGGUUCUCAUUGAUGAGGUAAUUUCUAGUGUUGUUUUUUGUUGUAUAAAUGACCCAGCUCUGAUUAUUUCUGUUACUACGUGGUUGGGUUAGUGUCGAAGAACUUGGUUUGUUGUGUAUCGUCGGUUUAGAGCUUGGUUCAUUAUGUAUCUUCGGUUAAACACCUUCCUUGUUUCUGGAAUAGAAAUUUACCACCGGUACAUGGUUCAGCAUUUCUAUGUGAAUUGUUGUUACGUGA